UUCAAAAAAAAUCCAAAAUUUUAAAUCAACAUUAAAUGAUGUUAUUGUCCAUGUUACAACUAGUCAUAAGUCAUGUUAUAAUUGUUAGUAUAUAUGUUAUAUCAUCAUGACACAUACGCAAAAUUUACUUAAUUAUCAAAUAAUGUCUAGGAGAUGUUGAUUCAUAGGGUUGAAUAACCACCCUUAGCUACAAGAAUCUCUUGUUUGGGUUAUUUUCGUUCGAAGUUCCCCUGGUACAACAAGGUCGAAUGUUGGGGACCGCUUUGAGAGGCCAUGCAGGACCACUACGAUGAAAAUAGGACCCGCAAAAACUGUGACAACCCCGGCGCUACCACGUGCCUAUGAAUGAAAUGUUUCUUUCCGUCGACUAGCAAGAUCCUAUGGUCUCAUUGUCAUUAUCAACCUAGCACAGCGGAUGAUGAGAAUGAGAAUAUCGUGGGCGUGAGCUGGGAAUUUCUAUGCCAACUCUGAGUGAUUAACUGAUAGAGCUUAUGAAAAAAAUGUUAUCCUUUGUAUUAUUUUAGAAUAUGAAUUUAGUAGUUGCACACGUGUUUUAUAUGUCAAUUGAUAUAAUAUUUUUGGUCGGCAACACACAAAGAAAUAGUUUAGAUGCUAAGAUUUGGCAUCAAGUAACAUAUAAUUUUUGUUUUAUGAUAGUCUCUCUACAUUACAGAGAACGAGAGAGAGAGAGAGGUGGUUUGAUGGCGAAUCUUUUGUUCCCGGCAAACCUGAAAACGUAUUUUUUAGAUAAACAAGGAAGCAGCCUACUCUUUCCCAAUACUACAAGAUCCAAGAGAAAGAACCAAUCUUUUAUUCCUGUUGCAAGAUUAUUUGGACAGGCGAUCUUCGAAGCUUCUAAAUUGAAUGUAUUGUUCUUAGGAGUUGAUGAGAAGAAACAUCCAUCAAAGCUCCCAAGAACUUACACUCUCACUCAUAGUGACAUCACCGCUAAAUUAACUUUAGCAAUUUCUCACUCUAUUAAUAUUUCUCAGUUGCAGGGAUGGGCAAAUAGAUUGUACCGGGACGAAGUAGUUGCCGAGUGGAAGAAGAGCUUCGAUACUUCAUAUUUUGCAAAGAAUUACCUGUGGUGUUGAAGGCAUUCGUACAUGGAGAUGAGGAUUUGUUAAACAAUUACCCUGAGCUACAAAAUGCUCUUGUUUGGAUUUAUUUCCAUUCCAACAUCCCUGAGUAUAACAAGGUAGAAUGUUGGGGGUCGCUACGGGAGGCGACAUCACCGGAUGGUUGUAGAACUCUAACAUGUGAAAGCAUUCCGGAACUGCCUUGUGUUA